CAUUGUUUCAAAAACUUAUCUGCUUGUGUACUAAAACACAAUUAAAAUGCAUUUUUAUUAUCUUUAUUAUCGCUUUAAAUAAAUAAAAAUAACUUCAAAUCCUUUUAGUAUUUAAAAAAUUUGAACACAGAAAUUAUAAAUAAAUGAACCCAAAAAAAAGGUCACUUAUUUAUUGAGUGAUAAGAUUUAUUUAGCUACUUAAAAUUAUUACAAUUGUGAAACCUUUUCCUCAAACAAGUUGUGAAUUUUCAAAAAGAAAAAUGGUGAAACAAACAAAAGUGUUUAUCGAGCCACCGAGUCCAAAAUUACAAGACGCCUAUCGAAUAUUAUUUAACGAAGAAAUAAAAUCCUUUUUGUAUGAAUUGUUUACUGAAUUUGAAAAGGAUAUUAACGAGUUAUACAGACAAAGAGCUAUUCGCCGAAAAGAAACAAACGCUGGAACAUAUAAUUUACAAUUUCGUAACAGUCCACAAGCUGCCGAUGUAAAAUGGCGAGUGGCACCAGUCCCGAAACGAUUAGUAAACCGUCGAUUAGAUUUGGGUGAUGUGUCGCCAACAAGCCUGGUACAUUUUUCAAGUGCCUUGAAUGCGGAUGUUCAAGGAAUUCAAGUGGAUUUCGAUGAUGGCCACUGCCCCACAUGGCACAAUCAAAUAACAGGAUUAUUAAAUGUUUAUAAAGCAGUACAUAAUCAAUUACCAAAUGUUCCUACAAUUUGUAAGGCUCCAAUAUUAAUGCUGCGCCCAAGAGCUUGGAACAUGCUUGAGACUCAUGUUUGGAUCGAUAAUAAACAAAUACCUGGACCAAUUUUUGAUUUUGCGCUGUUAAUGUAUCAUAAUGCGAAAAUUUUAUUCGAAAAAGAAUGUGGUCCCUUCUUUUAUUUAUCAAAAAUGGAAGGAUCAAAUGAGGCACGAUUAUGGAAUGGUAUUUUCACUUGGGCACAAAAGAAAUUAAAUUUACCAUACGGAACAAUUAAAGCAUGUGUUUUGAUUGAAAAUAUAUUAUCAUCUUUCGAAAUGAACGAAAUUUUAUAUGAAUUGCGUGAUCAUUCUUUGGGUUUGAAUUGUGGAAUAUGGGAUUAUGCGGCGUCUGUUAUUAGCAAAUUUGGCCAUAAUCCAAAAUAUUGUCUUCCCGAUAGAAAUAAAUAUGUGAAUAUGAAUAGACAUUUUUUGAAACGUUAUUUGCAAUUAGUAGUACGAGUGUGUCAUUUUAGAGGCGCUCAUGCCACAGGUGGAAUGUACGCACAAAUUUUACCUGAUGUCGGCGAUAAGACUGAAACUUUUUAUGGUAUACAAAAAGCAUUGAAAGCCAAACAUACUGAAAUAAUCGAAGGAAUUGAUGGGUUCAUGGUUUAUGAUAUUCGAUUGGUUCCAUACGUGAAUGAGAUGUGGGUCGCGGAAUGUGGAACAAAUCCAAAUCAAAUAUCACAAAAACCAUCAUUUUUGAAAAUAGAGGAAUCGGAUUUAUUAAAAAUGCCGGAUGGAGGUGUAACAAUGGAUGGAUUAAUUCAUAAUAUUCGUGUUGGAAUAUUAUUUAUAUUAAAUUGGUUAAAUGGAGUUGGACAUUUUAUUUAUUUGGGCAGUGUUGAGGAUUCUGCCACAGCUGAAAUAUCACGUUCUCAAGUUUGGCAAUGGAUUAAACAUAAUUCUGCAAUUGAAGAAAUGGACCAAACAGUAACGUUAUCACUUGUUACAAAAUUGACAUAUGAUUUUAUUGCAAUCAAAGAAGCAGAAUCAACUUGUAAUAUAUUUAAAAAACGUGUACAGGAUGCGGCAGCAAUAUUUUUAGAAAUUGUAUCAAUGGAUAAUUUCCCGGAGUUUAUCACAAGUUAUUUAAAUGAGCAUCCUGUAUUUAAAACGUAUCAUGAUACUGGAGUUAGCACCAUAAAACAUAAAUUGUAAACAUUUAUAUAAAAAACAACAACAUUGAACUUGUAAAUAAUUGUUUGUAAGUGUUAUUUUUCCACGAGAAGCUACUCAAGUUUCUGAUAUUUAAUAAAUUAACAAUGGUGAUUACUACUUUUAAUGGCAAAUCUACUGCGGGAAUGGUUUCGCCCAGUGAUGCUUUUUUAAAGAUUUAAUUUGGAAACAAUAGUUGUGACAAUCAUUUUGUAAAAUAUUAUUUUUUAGUUU